GCAUCAGUAACGGGUUAAGUGUUGCUCGAUCCAGUCAGUAACCUCUGAAAAAGCCAGCCGACAACAUCUACAGGUAGGAGAAGCCGCGCGCGUUGUUAUUCAAGCGAUCUCGCGCAAAGUAUAUUCACUCUUAAGUUCAAGAAAGAUGCUGGUCCCGAGCAGAUCGAAAUUGUCGCUGGUGCUUACCGUGGGUCUGGCGUACGUCAUCCACCAGACCAGGGCAUUGCCACUAGUCGACUCAGGAUUAUUUGUGAUCCUUGGAGUUUCGACUUGUCGCGACAGCACCGGCUAUUGUUUGCUGGGCUCCGAUUGCACCCUGGACCACGACUUCUCACCUGACGACACUGGCGGCCACUGCAACGGUCUGAGGACUGCAUUCACACCCGCGGCCAACUUCGUCUGCUGCAAAUAUAAUGGGGCCGACGUUAAAAUGCCGAGCACGACCACUGAGACACCCAGCACAUCACAAGUCACACAACCACCGCCACCAAAAGGCACAACGCCCGAGCACAAACCCUCCAAGAGACCAGCAAUGCCAGAUGCGCCAACAAAGCCUCAGGCUCCCGCAACAAACUCGUCCGGUGGCGCGAUUUUCUGGGUUGAUCUCACAUCUCCCGGAAAUAAAAAUGAUUCUGCAAGCAAAGUAAAAUUCGAGCCGGUCAAGAGCACCGUCGGCGAUGCGAAUACGCGCCCUGGCAGUAUCCUGACCGUGUCUGGCGCCCCGAUUUAUUCGCAGAACGUCCCAGUAUUGAACUCUCCAAGUAUUGCAAACUGGAUCAAGCCCGGCGCUGUGAUGAACAUACCCGAGAUUGUGGCUACAAAGCCAGGCAGCACCGUGACAAUUGGCGGAGGCAACGAACUCCUCGACGAAAUUGUGCAUGCUGUUGGCUCUGAAGUUUCGCAUGGGGUUAGCAUUACCCAGGACGAUUUGUCCCAUCACUUGGUUAGUCCUUCGGUGCAACUGGACACAGUGGACGAGCAGGAGGAAAACAAUGAGCCAGCCGCUCCAGUCGGAAGCAUCGAGACCCACGAGCCCAAGCCGACCAUCGAAAUUCUGAAACCAGUGACGACCGAAAAACCGAUCAUCCUGAGUACCCUUGCUGUGGAGGCGACAACCAAAAAGCAAGCGCUGCCGUCGUCAACCACGGCCAAGCCAGUCGAGGAGGAUGAGGAGCCCGUCGGAGAGGAAGAAGACGAAGAUGAGGAGGAAGACGAAGAAGCCGCCAGCGAGGAAGAUGAAAGUGAAGAGGAGGAGGAGGAGGAAGAGGACGAUGGUCUCUUUGGGUUUGCAGAUUUGGUAGAAUUGCUUGGCCUGGACACCCCGCAAAAAGCUGGCGCUGCACAGAUUUCUGCUAAAAACUACUCAAAAGUCGCGGACAAUUUAGAAAGCAAGCUUGGAGAGGAUAAUGUAUUAUUGGAGAGAAUCGACCAGGUUGCUACUGAACCCGAGCAAAUUGAAAAAGAAAAAGAAAACGCCACGGUUGCCUCCAAUCUUGUGGGAGGAUUUAUUUCGUCGCAGGAAAAUAAGAAUCCUUCGAAUUUUUCUUACGAGACGCUGAUGACCCUGCCGAUUGGCGGUUUGUUCACUUCGACCACAACUGAGAUGACUCCCGUCGAGGACGUGAAGGAAGAGGAACCGCCUUUGUGCUUCGGGCCUGUCCGACAGCUCCACAAUCCCGCCUGUUGGGUGGUGACUUUUGUGAUUGAAAAGAACGGCGCGACGACAACUCUGUGUGCCGGUGCCAGAAUCACUAAAGACUUGGCUAUAACUUCCGCGAGCUGCGCGAUAAAGUUGUCUUCGUCUGGCAUGGGAACAGUCAGGGCCAUUUUGCCAGCGAGCAGUGAGAACAACACUGAGAUCACCAUAAACGAAAUAGUCAUGCAUGAGAAGUAUCAUGCUGCGCCUCGACUGGCGCUUGAUGACAUCGGGCUGGUGAAGUUGAAUACUUCCUGUUCUGACAUCACAGAUAUGGACAUGGGCCACUGCACCCUCUGUCUGUCUCAAGACAACGAAGCUGAUUUCAGCCACCUUACUUGCCAGAUUCCUCAGUUUUAUAAAGACCCAGAAGAGGUAGUUUCACCACACAAAGUGGACUUGAAGGAGCUUUCCAUCGUGAGUAAAAAUAUUUGCGACGGUGUGGUUAAGGCUGAUGAAGACGGAAGCAACUUCCCGAGCGUCUUGUGCUCUGCGCCUCCGAAAAGUGCCGAAAAUGAGCCUAUCCACCCUUUCCUCGACGGGGUACCACUGGUUUGCAGCGGCACAAGAGGAAUUCCAUUUUUGGCCGGAGUGACAAUGAAGUCGGCGAUUACGGACUGGACCAUUUACACGCCCGUCAGUAAAUACGUCGAGUGGAUAAGAGCAAACGAAAUACCACAGAUCAUCAAAACUGUCACCUCUAAACCAGUAUCUCUGUAAUUUCUUUGAUUAAUUGCACAAUUGUAUGACUGAAAGAGGGCGCAAAUGAUUCCGGAAAUGACCAGUGAAUUUUAAUUGAUUAAGCAGGUUAAUUUAUAUUAGAAAUCAUACACUCUGUACACAGACCACUAGUUUUUAUAUGUAACUUAUUUAUUUGUAAUGAGAAUAGAAUUAUCUGAUAAUUUCGGUUGUGUAAAAUGUC